CAUAAUAUCCCUGUUAACUCUCUAGCAUAAUUUGCUUGUUUUUCCUAGAUCUAUUGAAGUGAAGAUGGGCGAUCUUGUCUUGGGUCCUAUUGUUGAUGCCACCAUAUCCAAGGUGAUUUCAGUUGCUACUGAGCAAAUCAACCUUGCAGUCAGUUGGAAGGCAGAGCUCAGAAGACUUUGCAAGAAGUUGACCAUGAUUCAUGCUGUGUUGCAAGAUGCAGACAGAAGGCAAGUUGGAGAGGCAGCUGUGAAGCUUUGGCUUGAGAACCUCAGAGAUGUGGCUCGUGAGGCUGAGGAUGUUGUGGAUGAGGUUGUUUAUGAAAGACUGAAACAGGAGGUAUGGAUUCAAAAGCAAAUGAAGAAGAAGGUCUGUCUCUUCUUUACUUUCUCCAAUCCUUUCAUAUUUCGUCUCAAGAUGGCUAAUAAGAUCAAGAAUCUUAUUGCUUCUAUAGUUGAGAUUAAUGAGGACGCCAGACAAUUUGGACUUCAGUCCAGACAUGCUAUCCCUGAACCUAGAAGCAACCCUCAAAUGGUAUACCCCUUGCCUGGUUAUUGUCGUAGAGUCAUAGGAAGAGAGAAUGAUGAGUCAAAAAUAGUUGACUUGUUGAUUGAUCCAAAUAAUGAGGAGUCCCUUUCUGUUAUAUCUGUAGUGGGUAUGGGGGGUCUAGGAAAAACCACCUUAGCAAAAUCAGUGCAAAAUCAUGAGAAAAUAGUGAGGAAUUUUGGUAGAACAAUUUUCAUUUGUGUGUCUGAAGUCUUUGAUGUCAAAAAAAUCCUAAAAGAGAUGUUAGAAUAUCUCACCAAAGAGCGUUGUUCAAUUGAAAUUGAGGAUAUCAUAGUUAGAAAAAUACAAGAUGAGUUAAAAAAUGAAAACUAUCUACUCAUCUUAGAUGAUGUGUGGAAUGAGGAUAGAAUGAAGUGGGAAGCCUUAAGGGGUUGUUUGUUAGAAAUAACUAAAAAUAAAGUGAGUAGAAUGGUUGUGACAACUCGAAGUGAAAAUGUAGCGUCUAUAAUGGGAGCAUUCGGAGAACACAUGUAUCAUCUUGAAGGACUAGAAGAUGAAGAGUGUUGGUCUAUAAUAAAGCAGAGAGCAUUCGGAGGUUCUUCAGUGCCUAAUCUGGAGCUGGAAGCGAUUGGAAGGCAGAUCGCUAAAAAAUGUAAAGGUGUACCCUUAGUUGCCAAUGUCAUUGGGGCUAGUCUGAGUAAUCCAAGGGAUAGAGGUGAAUGGGUGUCAGUCAACAAUAGUUUUGAUGCAAGGAGUUCACUGGAAGAUGAUAGUCGGGCAUGGACUAUUCGAGUUUUACAGUUGAGUUUUGAUCGCUUACCUAACACAACAUUGAAGCAAUGUUUUGCCUUUUGUUCCAUUUUCCCCCAGGAUUGGGAAAUUGAAAAGGAGAUGUUAAUUCAACUUUGGAUGGCUGAAGGCUUUCUUCAACCAUCACAAGGAAGUUCUAUGGAGGAUAUUGGUAACAAGUAUUUCAAUGACUUGUUGUCAUAUUGUUUGUUUCUAGAGGAAGAAAGAGAUUCAACUGGAAAGAUUAAGUCAUGCAAAAUGCAUGAUUUAAUUCAUGAUCUUGCCACUUACAAUUCAAAAUCAGAAACACUUAUUUGGAAAGCUGGUUCAGAGAGCAAUAUUGCUCAUGUUCGGCAUUUGAAUCUCGUUGAUGCUGAGGAGAUGGUGCCAGCAAAUUUUGUGGAGGUGGCUGGAAAACUGCAUUCCUUAUUUCUUAAAGGUGAUAUUUUGGGCAAGAUACCAGAUAGCUUCAAAAGGUUACGCAUUCUUAGCUUUGAAAAAGAUAGCAAUUGGGAUGUUAAUAUUGAGCAGUUGCCAACUUGGAUCAGCAAGAUGAAGCAUUUGAGGUAUCUAGACAUUUCAUUCUCUAAAAUUAAAGAACUACCCCAGUUUAUUAUGGAGUUGUAUAGUUUGCAAACACUGAGGUUCAUGUAUUGUUCUCGGAUUGAAAAACAGCCAGAAGGGGUGGAAAACUUAGUCAGCUUGAGACACAUUUAUUUCAAUCGUCCCAGUUGUAUGCCACUCAAAAUUGGUAGGCUGAAGGAUCUUCAAACAUUGCAGUUAUUUGUUGUCAGUCUACAAGAGGGAAGUCGAAUUGAGGAAUUGGGAUGCUUUAGCCAACUUGGAGGUGAAUUAAGGAUAUGUCAUCUAGAGCAUGUUGAAAACUACUCAGAAGCCGAGAAAGCAAAACUUUCGGAGAAGAUUGAACUUUAUACGUUGAGUUUGGAAUGGACAGAAAGAAAUACAGAAGAAUGUAAUCAUGAUGAAGAUGUGUUAGCAGUCCUCAAACCUCCCCCAAAUUUGAGAAACUUAACUAUAGAAUGUUAUGGAGGUGAAAAAUGUCCUCCAUGGAUGGAGCCUAGUUUGAGUGAAUCAUUUUCGCUCAACAAUUUGGUGGACUUGAAUAUCUUACGAUGCAAAAAGUUGAAAAGCAUUCCAAUCAUCGGGUUAUCAUCUCUUCAAGACCUUCGAAUUAGUGAUUGCCUUGAAUUAACCAGAAUCGGAGAUGGAGCAUUUGCCUUUCCGGCGUCUCUCAUACAACUACGCAUUCGGUCAUGUCCAAGAUUGGAAACAAUUGGGGAAAGUAUUUCGACCCUCACAUGCCUAGAAGAGUUAGAGCUAGAGGAAUGUGAAGAUCUGACGCCCAUUCCAAGUGUAAAUGGGCUUUCUUCUCUAAGAGAGUUACGGAUUGACAGAUGCAGUUCAGUGGUGAGUCUACCAAAUGGACUGUCCUCCUGCACUGCUCUUAAAGAAUUGACCAUGGUUAGAUGCCCUAAUCUGAUCUCCAUCUUCGAAGACUUGAAGGAUUUGCAUUCUAUGGUUCACUUAAAUAUUUUUGGCUGUGAAAAUUUGAGUAUUCCGGAGGAGAGCUUCAGCCGUCUUGUCUGCUUGGAGUAUUUGGGAAUUGGUGGUUUCUCAAAAGAGUUUGAGGAAUUCCCAUAUCUUAAUUCCAUCCACCACCUCCACGCCUCCCUUCAAGCAUUAGCCUUGUUUGGGUGGGAAAAACUAACGUAUCUACCACCUCAAAUUCAACACCUCACUUCUCUAAGGAGAUUGAGAAUAUUUCAUUUCAAUCAAGUGGAAGCUUUGCCGGAGUGGUUGGGAAGUUUGUCAUCUCUUCAAUUUCUGGACAUUGCUGACUGCGCAAAUUUGAAAUAUCUGCCUUCUGCACAAGCCAUGCAACGCCUCUCCAAGUUGCAGAAUCUUAAAAUUGUUCGCUGUCGAGAGCUAGAAGGAAGAUGUGAAAAGGAAACCGGCCUCGAAUGGUUCAAAAUUUCUCACAUUCCAAAAAUCCAUAUACAAAAAGUGUACAUCCAAUAACAAGGAGAUUGGGCCCUUUUUCUGAGACUUCAAAGUAACAAAAAGAGUCAAAUUUAUCAAUCCAAAGGGUUACUUAUGGCUGCUUCAAUCCUCUUAACCUACAAUGCUUGUGAAAAUUCUUUAAAAGGGAUUCCUAUGCACUUAGGAUGAGCAAGGUCUUGCUGGAUAUUUUUGUGAUGUUGUUUCGGACGGCAGCAUCUUGAAUGUUAAGGAUUUUGAUUAUAAGAGAGUUCUAUGAAAGGGAAGCUUUGACACAAUUGUUGGGGAACUUGUUCAUUAUUGGAAGACCAGAUUUCUAGUCAAAAUAUGAAAUAAUUGCCUUCUACUGGAGUCAUGCAAUGCCAAGAGGUACUGACUGAUUGGAAGUUUCUUGCAUUCCAAUAUCCAAGUAGAAUGAAUGCAUCCAAUUCCAAGAAUAUUGAGCUUCUCAGGUACAUUUUCUAAACCUCAACACCUCUUCUUCCUUAAAAACUUGCCAUCACUAAGCCUCUCUUCACCCUAU